GAAUCAUCCCCAGAAUUCUUACACGCAAAACCAGCCACAUGCUUUUUAGAGGAAGACAAACAACCAAAGUACUAAAUCUUUUCAUUCUCCACACUCCAAAACCUUCAUUCAGACAACAUCUCGCGAAGAAAAGGGGUUCUCUUUUUGUAGAAAAUGAAGGUAUUGUCGAAACCCAUAUCGAGUCCUGGUCGGGCUGAGAAGUAUCCGCCGCCAUUGAUGAGAUUUUUGAGAAGCAAUGUUGGGAGUAAAAGCAGGGGAAAGUCACGUACGAGCCCAAUGUUCGUUAGAAAAAAAAACACCGCCAUUGAAACCCAGGAGCCUUCUUCGCCUAAGGUUACUUGCAUGGGUCAGGUUCGGGUUAAACGCUCCAAACAAACCGGUGCGAAACCCGGAGGUUCGACCCGUCGCCAUAGCCGAGGCCGCCGCUGUAAAUGGUUCAGAAAUGCCCUGUUUUGUCGUCAUUUACUCGGGAAAGUGAAGGUCAAGCUUGCUUUUCGAUGCUCUUGGAAGAAAUGGGGGACCUUUUUUCAGAUGGGGUGGUGUAGGAAUCCAAGAAAUACUGAAGAUUCAUCGAAAUUUGGGAUUGAGGAUUCCAUUCGACAAGAAGAAGAAGAAAAGAACGAAGAUGAAAAGGAAGCUAAGAUUUUCGUAUCUUCUUCGUGUUCAUCGCCACCCAAAAAUGCAUUGAUUUUAACACGUUGUCGAUCUGCUCCCUACAGAUCUUCUUCUCUAGCUUGUAGAUUCUGGGGAUCGCCAUUAGCUAACCAACACAAAAAUGACGAAGAAACAGAGGAAACAAAGCUAGAAAACGGAGGAUUUGAAGACGAAGAAGAAGAUAAUCCCAGUUCGAAAACAGAAUCCAUUUGCAGAGACUCGGAUCCGGAGACCCGAAUGGAUGCAAGAACCGAAGAAAACCCAGAUUUUCUCGAGGGUUCUGGAGAGAAAAGUACAGAAAAAUCGGAACAGAAUAAAGAGAUGAAAACAGGGCCUGUAAUCCUCACAAGAUGCAAAUCAGAACCGGCGAGAACAGGUGAAAGACUAAAUCCUGAGAUGAGUUUGUGGAAGAAGAGAAAUUUGGAUUUAACGUGA